AUGGCUACACGUUCCUUUUUCCUAUGUACCCUCCUAACCUUGUCCUUAUAUCUCUAUGGAAUCACUGCCAUCGACUACCAAGUGACCAACGACGUGCCAAACACUCCCGGUGGAAUCCGUUUCACCAACGAAAUCGGGAUUCCCUACACAAAGCAAAUAAUGGCUACAACCAACUUCAUAUGGUCCGUCAUCUUCCAACAAAACAACCCCUCCGACCGAAAGUCAGUAGAUUCAGUGAAUGUUUACAUCGAAGAGUUCAACGAGCCCAUAGCAUUCACUUGGGACAAUCACAAUGUUAAUUUCAGUUCCAUUUAUAUAGCAGGGUUUAGUGGGGAUGUGAAGAGUUUUUUCUUGUCUGUUAUGUACCAUGAAAUGACCCAUGUUUUUCAUGGAAUGGUGAGGGUACUACGCCUUCCGGACUGA